AUGACUUCCACCAUCUUGCACAUCGAUGGAAGCUUUUGUGAAGGUGGUGGUCAAAUCCUUCGUAACGCUGUCGCUCUCUCCGCACUAUUGUCAAAACCAAUAUCCAUACAAAACGUUCGCCAUAAUCGAAGACCUCCAGGCCUUCGAAAACAGCAUGAAGCAGGGAUCAAUCUUGCAGCCGCCAUCUGUUCAGCUGAAACAGACGGCGUCCACUUGUCAUCCACCAGCGUCACCUUCAAACCCAGAAAAAUACGACUACCCAAAACAUUAACCGCUGACCCCGGAACUGCAGGCUCAACCACCCUGCUUCUCCAAGUCUCCUUGCCGUGUCUACUAUUCUCUCCUUCGCCCACUCCGCCUUCCCAACUCACUCUCCGCGGAGGAACAAAUGCAUCCCAAGCUCCCCAGAUAGACUAUACCCAGCACGUCUUCUUGCCAUUCAUGAAACGUCAUUUUGGCCUCGACAUCGCGCUCAAAAUCAUACAACGGGGCUACUUCCCAAAAGGAGGCGGAACUGUGUUUUGUAGUGUUCCCUCCCUCACAGAGGCACUUCCUCCAGUAACCCUUACGGAGAGGGGCCCCGUUCGGCUCAUCAGAGGUGAAGCACGCGUCGGAGGGCUUCCUUUCUUUCUUGCAGAACGCAUGAAAAACGCUGCGCGGGCUACGCUACUCGCCGGAGGCGUUUCUCCUACUAUCGUCCGGAUCAACGCGGUCAGAGAAACCGAGCAAGAGACAGUCGGCAGUGGAGGGGGAAUCUUGCUACUCGCUGAGACUGACAACGGGUGUAUGAUAGCCGGAUCUUCAGUUAGCACCAGGGGCAGGGAUCCAGAGGAAAUUGGAAAAGAAGCUGCAGAGGAGCUCCUUCGUAAUCUUCGUCAUGAUGGAUGCGUAGAUGAGUAUCUACAGGACCAGAUCAUAAUCUUCAUAGCUCUAGCAAAGGGCCGCUCAACAGUCAAGACGGGACCUCUCACAGAUCACACAAGAACUGCAAUAAAAAUAGCCGAACAAAUGACCGGCGCUACAUUCCAUCUCCAGGAGGAUCCAUCAGGUUUCGUCAUUAUAAGCUGCGACGGCAUUGGCUAUACCCCUUCACUGUAG